AGAAGUUUAGUUAUGGCCGGCGGAAAAAUUGCGUUUGGAAUUUUAGGGGCCAUUAUCGCCUUAAUAUUUUCCACAAACGGGUCAAAGUCCAUAUUCAAGUUCACAAAUAUCAAGUGUCAAGAUCAUGAUGUCAACUUCUCGCGUGCUGAAGUUUGCAAACUCAGGGUCAUAGGGCGCGGUGUUGUUACCCUCAACAUCAGAGUGGGAUUGUAUAAAAUUCCUGUAACAAAUGUAACAGUCAACAUGGGUUUUUACAAAAAGGCCAAUGGCUUUAAGCCAUUUUUGUACAACUAUACCGUGGACUUUUGUAACUUCAUGACCAAUCGUAAAAGAUAUCCUGUUAUGAAGGUCCUGUUUGAUGUUUUCCUCCAUGCAUCCAAUAUAAAUCACAGCUGCCCCUUCGACCACGCCAUUGUGAUCGACAAUCUAUUGCUAGAGGAAAGUAAAUUUGAGCUUUUCCCAAUUCCUGAGGGUGAAUACAUGUUUAAGUUAAUGGUGUUUGCUUACAACGAUCUGAAGGCCACAUUGGAGACAUAUUUUUAUCGCAAGAUUUCGUAUUCUAAGUAGUCGAAUCGUAUGGAAAUCUCAACCAACGUUG